AUGCCGAUGCAGGUUUUUGUGCGUGGUGUCGACGGCACCUCCCAGGUGCGUUGCAUCGACGAGAAGGCAACCGUGGGUGAGUUGAUUUCCACGUUGGAUGUUGAGGAAAAUCUCCACUUGUCCUACGCGGGUAAGGACAUUCCGGAGGAUGCCUUCGUCGGGGAUGUGUUGCAAGAGGAGUGCACUGUCGACGUCAACGUCGACCUGCUCGGUGCGGGAAAGAAGCGCAAGAAGAAGCAGUACACCAAGCCGAAGAAGAUCAAGCACAAGCACAAGAAGGUCAAGCUCGCAGUGCUGAAAUACUACAAGGUAAAACCAAUAACAAUACGUACUUCACCUUCUGCUGUGAUCAUAGGGUCAUCAUAAACGGACAAGCUAUUAGCUAGGAACGACAGAUUCGGAUUCGUCCACGAUGCCACAUUUAGUAGUUUCAAAAAGUGAUUUGCUUGUGAGCUCCAAAAGCCGAGCAUGUUGAUGAAGAGCUAGUACUAUGACAUCUAAAUCUAAAUUUCUGGUUUAGGUCGGCGGCGAUGGAAAGGUGACCCGCUUACGUAAGGAGAGCCCGAUCGCCGGAGCUGGCGUCUUCAUGGCCAUGCACCACAACCGAUACCACUGCGGGAAGUCGGGGCUCACCUUCAUGUUCAACAAGGAGGAGGAGAAGUAG